UGCUUUUUGAGUGUUACGACAGGUCAGUAUAUGGUACGUUGUGAUAUCGCAAUAGUUGCAUUAGUUACUCUCACAUAUUCAACAAGGUUAUAUCUUUCAUUUAUCUAUCGGCGGUGAUUUCAGUUUUCUACUAAUGGGACAUUAAAAGAAGGAUUUUAGGAACAGACUAAAUACAACAAUGACGACAAAAGUGAUAUUACUCCUGCCAGUGCUGUACGUAGUUUUGUGGACCGCAGAAACUAAAACGGUGUCGGUAUCUACAAAAAUUGGAGUCAUUAACGGACAAGUAGAAGAUGUAGCAUUUCUUGAUAAAUCUGCAACAAUCCAUACGUUUCUUGGAAUACCUUUUGCUGAACCACCUCUUGGAAAAUUGCGAUUCAAAAAACCUUUGCCAAAAACGCCGUUAAAAGAUCCGUUAAACGCGUUUAAUCACAACAAUGCCUGUCUUCCUGGAUUAAAAGGAUUUCUGGAGAGUAAAAGAUUAAAAUAUGAUGAGGACUGUCUGUACUUGAAUGUUUAUGCCCCGGAAUUAAAUGAAGAAGAAAAGCCAUUGGCAGUUAUGGUGUGGAUAUAUGGAGGUGGAUUCACGAUUGGUUUCUCUGACAUGUAUCUAGGACACCACUUGGCAAUACAUGGCAGAGUUAUAGUUGUUACUCUCAACUAUAGGUUAUCAGUGUGGGGUUUUCUUUCUACCGGCGAUGAGCAUGCACCGGGUAAUUACGGACUAUGGGACCAGCAUAUGGGGUUAAAAUGGGUGCAUGAUAAUAUUGCUGCUUUUGGAGGGGAUCCGAAUCGGGUUACAAUUUUUGGAGAGUCGGCUGGGUCGGCUAGUGUAUUUCAUCAAACGCUCUAUCCUGGAAAUAAAGGACUAUUUCAAAAAGCCAUAGGUCAGAGUGGAAGUGUUGGUAACUUUUGGGGGCUAAAUGAAAAUAAUAAAGAAAACGCAAAACAGAUUGGAAAUCUUGCAAAUUGUGAAGCAGACGGAUCAGAGUCAUUGGUUAAUUGUUUGCGUCAGGUACCAGUUGAAAAGUUAUCAGAUUUCGUUUGUAACUUCACAUACGGACUGGUUACAUUUCCAUCUUCGUUCCUACCAACAUUUGACGGUGACUUUGUAAAAACCGAUCCAAAACGUGUGUUUGACAAAGACAUCGAUAUGUCAAGUGAAGUUGCAGAUUUCUUUUCGAGCUUGGAUAUAAUGACUGGCGUGAACUCGGGAGAGGGUAGCAUUGGCAUUAGUCCGUUUGUCACAGGAAAUCCUGACGCUGAAAACUUUACGACAAACAAAACUUACUUCGAGGAAACACUUGUUCCUGUAACAAUCGGGAAAGUUUUUGGAGAAACCGUGCCCAAAGUUGUAGUAGACGCCGUCAUAUCGGAGUAUACAAACUGGGAAAAUCCUGAUGAUGAAAAUAAUAUUAGAGAAGAAUUCAUUUCCAUGUUUGGUGAUGUUUCAUUCACAAAGGAUUUGUAUGUUACACUUAAUGCACAUUCAAAACUUUCGACCAAUAAGCACACGUAUAUGUAUCUAUUUGAAAUAGUUCCCGAGUUUUCAGGCUUUCUACAGCCCCCGUCAUGGUUUAAGAAAUUAGUCCACGCUGGAGAUCUCCCUUUUGUAUUUGGUUUUGUAAAUUCUGAUCAACUAGAAGAUGAAUUUCAUGCAAAGCCGGUAAAGUGGGAACUACAGUUAUCUGCUGACGUCAUGACGCUUUGGUCUAACUUUGCAAAAACUGGAAAUCCUAAUCUCCCGUCAGACCUUGGACUCGAUUGGAUUCCAUACACUAGAAAACACCAGCAUUAUUUACAAAUAUCACGUGAUAUGACGUCAGGAAAUGUUAAACAACGGUGGAACAUACGGAGGGCUAAUUUCUUGGAGAAUAUCUUACCACGAAUUGUCAAAGCUGCACAAUGUUACAAACAAAAAUAUUCUGAAAAUUUAAAUAAAGAAACAUGCGAUAAAGAUAACAAUUGUUCGCCCUAAACAAAUUCCUUUUUAUAAAAGCCGGUUAGAUCUAUAUGGACUUUGGCUGAUCGACUGAUUGAAAAGACCAUAGUGCAUAUUACGCUUGAUAGUAGCUUAAUUCUUGUUAGCAUGAACGGGUGCUUCAAUCAUUUCAGGACGCAUAUUCAUACAUAAACAAUUUUAGGACGCAUAAUUGUACUUUCAUUUUUUUAGGAUUUGAACUUUCAUUACACAAUAAAGGUAUUUAAAUGUAAGAACGCAAACUUGUACUGCGGAGACUUUUGCCGUUUUGUUGGUAUGCAACAAUAACAAGUAAAGAAAGGCCUCACGUUCUACUCCGUUUACGUAGUGCAAGAUAGUUAAUUCAGUGGUAUUACAUCAAAAGUUAAUAAACAGUUAAAUUUA